GAGUCUAAAAAAAAUACAUCCCACCGUUCUCCAUUACGAGUUGGCGUCUUUUUGUUGAAGCAGCACACAUUUCGAAAUGGCUCUUCGAGUUACUAGAAACCGCUUGGCUUCCACCAGGUCCGACCUCAGUGGAAAGGCAUGCUCGGUGGCUGGGCCCACACAGAAGCCUCGAGCGGCGCUUGGCGAAAUCGGAAACAUCGCAGUGAACAAAGAAGUACAGAAGAAGACUGUCAAGACAGAGGCCAUAAAGAAGGCCAAAGUCGCACCUAAAGUUGAAAAAGCAGUAGUUGAACAACCAAAUGUUGCUGCUGUUAAAGCUGAGAUUGAGGCGCAGGUUCUACCUGAACCAGCAUCCCCCACUCCAAUGGAGACUUCUGGCUGUGAGCCUGCUGAUUUGUGUCAAGCAUUUUCAGAUGUAAUUCUUCACACCGCUGUCAGGGAUGUGGAUGCAGAUGAUUAUGACAACCCCAUGCUCUGCAGCGACUAUGUGAAAGACAUCUACAAGUAUCUCCGAGAGCUUGAGAUUGACCAGAACAUCAGACCCACCUAUCUGCAGGGGCAGGAGGUGACUGCUAACAUGCGGGCCAUUCUCAUUGACUGGCUAGUGCAAGUGAACCUGAAGUUCCGUCUACUGCAGGAGACUAUGUACAUGACUGUGGGAAUCAUCGACCGCUUUCUUCAAGACCACCCAGUCCCCAAGAAGCAGCUGCAGCUCGUCGGUGUGACAGCCAUGUUCCUUGCUUCCAAAUACGAGGAGAUGUACCCCCCAGAGAUCUCAGACUUUGCCUACGUGACUGACAGGGCCUACACCACCGCUCAGAUCAGAGAUAUGGAGAUGACCAUCCUCCGGGUGCUCAAGUUCAAACUAGGCCGCCCUCUUCCCCUGCAGUUCCUCAGAAGGGCCUCAAAGAUUUAUGAGGUAACUGCUGAGCAACACACCUUGGCAAAAUACCUCCUGGAGCUCACCAUGGUUGACUAUGAGAUGGUUCACUUCCCACCGUCCAUGGUGGCGAGUGCUGCUUUGGCGCUUACGCUCAAGAUCCUGGAUGCUGGUGAAUGGGAUGUGACACUGCAGCACUACAUGGACUAUACAGCAGAGAGUUUGAUUCCUGUGAUGGCACACAUUGCAAAGAAUGUUGUGAAAGUGAACGACGGGCUGACCAAGCACAUGGCCAUUAAAGGAAAAUACUCAACUUCAAAGCAGAUGAGGAUUGCCACCAUCGCACAGCUCAAGUCUUCAGUGGUUAAAGAUUUUGCAAAGCAGCUCACUCGGUGAAGUAGAGGUGUCUGGCACCAUGUGCUAACUUGUACAGUUGUAACUUAAAACUUUUUUAUUGUGACUGAAGGAUCAGUGCACCAAGGACCAUGUCAGUGGUUUGCAUGUCUUAACUAACUGAAUUGUGUGAAUUUUUACUAUUUUCCAAAGCAUGCAACAAGUUUUAAAUUUUCAGUUACUAAUGUGGACCACCCAGACCUAAUAGCCCACUCAAAAUGGCAGUUUAGGCCAUAGACAUUGUGGUGGUCAGUGAACCACAUUACCUUCAACGUAUUCUGCAUGAGGCUCACUUACCACUGACACUGUAAUGCCAACCCAUAUCUUUGAGCUGAAUUGUUGUAAAUGGACUCUUAUACAAUGUACCAGCAUUAACUGACUAAAUCUUGAGGCAUGUUAAAACCCUUCACUAAAUGGUGCCCCAAAUGUAACUUGACCAAGUCAAACUUGUGCAAAAGUAAUUCUCUAAGUUAUUUUGAUAGCUUAAUGUAGCAGCAAAUCUAAAACUUGUGGCAUGCUCUGAAAGGGUCCAGUGGGGGUUUUAGCUAAAAUGGGAUUGUUUGUGUGGCAGUGUAAAAUGUACAGCAAUACUUUUUAAAAUGGGUUUUAUGUCCUUGAAUGUUUUAUAGCAUCUAUUAAAUGGUUCUGACCAGAAA